AUGGGCAGCCGCCCGCUGGCCGAGGACUACCGCCUGUGCCUGGAGCGCGAGCUGCGGCGCGGGCGCGCGGGCGUGUGCGGGGACCCGUCGCUGCGCGCCGUGCUCUGGCAGAUCCUGGUGGAGGACUUCGACCUGCACGGCGCGCUGCAGGACGACGCGCUGGCGCUGCUCUCCGACGGGCUCUGGGGCCGCGCCGACCUGGCGCCCGCGCUGCGCGGCCUGGCCCGCGCCUUCGAGCUGCUGGAGCUGGCGGCCGUGCACCUGUACCUGCUGCCCUGGCGCAAGGAGUUCGCCACCAUCAAGACCUUCUCAGGCGGCUACGUGCACGUGCUGAAGGGGGUGCUCUCCGAGGACCUGCUCGUCCAGAGCUUCGAGAAGAUGGGCUACGUGCGCCAGGACGACCACCACCUCAUGAUGGCCACCCCACCCCCCGCCGGCCAGCUGGUGCAGGUGGCCCUGGGCUGCUUUGCCCUGCGGCUGGAGUGCGACAUCCUGGGGGAGGUGCUGGCGCAGCUAGGCACCAGCCUGCUGCCGGCCGAGGAGCUGCUGCAGGCCCGCCGGGCCAGUGCUGACGUGGCCUCCUGCGUGGCCUGGCUGCGGCGGCGGCUGGCUGGGGACAAGGAGCCGCCACCCCUGCCGCCGCGGGACCCCCUGGCCGUGUACCGGGCCCCGCUGGACCUGUACCAAGACCUGCAGGAGGACGAGGGCCUGGAGGCGGCCAGCCUGUACGGCAGGUCCUCCCCAGGCCCAGACUCGCCCUCCUCAGCGCUGGCCUACCAGCCUCAGCCGUGGGGGCAGAGCGCCAAGUUGUGGGGUGCCAGCGCUGGGGCCUGGGACCCGGGGGCUGAGGCCGGGGGGUCACCCAGGGCCAGCAGCCCGCCCUAUGGGGCACUGGAGGACGAGCUGGAGCCCGAGCCCGAAGUGUUCUCCUUCCUCUCGCUGCGCAGAGAGCUGGCCACCCCCCAGCCGCCCGGGAGCCCUGAGCGGGCCAGCCCGCAGGGCGCCCACGAGCCCCCCGGCUACCAGGCCCACAGCUGCCUGGCCCCGGGCACCCUGCCCACCCUCUGCUGCGACACAUGCCGCCAGCUACACGCUGCCCACUGUGCCGCCCUGGCCGCCUGCCGGCCCGGCCACGCACUGCGGGCUCUGCUCGGCCGCACCCAGCAGCGGCGGUGGACGCAGCCUGACGCCCCGCUGUACGACGGGCCCGGGGCCCAGCCUUAGCCCGCAGGUCGGGCUCGGGCUUUCCAUGGUGCUGCUCGGGCCUCGCCCCACCCAGGCCUGGCCCCCGGCAGACCCGCCCGAGGAGCCCUGGGCACAGGGCAGAGGGCGCCCAGGCCCCGAGUGGGAGUGGGGGCUUACCCUCUAGCAGCCUCAGGCUCACCCCAUCCCCAGCACCCAGGCCUGGGCCCAGAUGUCCUGGCUUCCAAGCCUGUCCCCGUGAGGACCCUUGGAGGCCAAGCGGGGACCCCGUCCUAACUUGCAGCUAUGCGUUGGGACAAGCUGCCUCCUGCCGACUGCGUGGACGGGAGCCCAGCCAGAGGCGGCCAGGCCGGUGUAGACCUGCCCUGGCGCACGCAGCAGGUUGGCCACAGACGGCCAGCACCUGCCUCACAGCUGGACGGGGCUGGGAUGGCACAGGCUCACCUCCCGGGAGCAGGACGGCAGCCCUCGGGAUCUGGAGAGCAGCUGCCCACCUGGGGACACGGUCUCCUCAGCCACGGCUUGCGGGAGCCCCUGCAUUGGCUCUGCCCGGCGCCACUCCCCGUGCCUCGGGCCAGUACUGAAGGGUGCUGGGCUCUGAGCAGCUGUGGGGCUGAGCCUGAGGCUGGGGGCGGCAGGCAGGCACAGCCGUUCCCAGCGAGUCCACCGGCCCACAGGACGGCAGGGGGCUGUCUGCCCAGGAGGUCCAGGCCCGCCUUCCCUGACCAGAGCGUGCCCCUCCCUGGGGGCCAUCUGCCCACCCCUCGAAAAGCCCACUUAUACCACUUACACGUGAGCACCUAUUAAAGGACACUGGACUCG